AUGGACGGCAACUUGAAAGCGCUGAGGGUUCAGUUUUCUGGAGUAAACAAGAGGGACAAAGGUGGUAGGGAAGAUUCAAUAAUACUGCCACAAGAAAACUCAGCUCUUGGAAGAGCACAAAUGGAUAGCGGCGACGAAUACAACGCUAUAUUCGCAGCCACAAUUGCCGCGGCGGCAUACGCAAUCGCAGCAGAAGAAGAGAAGCAGAAGGCCAGCCCCAUUCAGCCGCCAACCAAGAGAGGUGAAAGCAUGAGAAAGCCUACAGGAGGCAGCAAGAUCUCAAGAUGGUUCAGUGCCAAAGAGCGUGCAGAAGAUGCUGACGAGGGACCUGCCAAUGUAUCGGUAAGGAGGCCGCUGAAACCAGAACAAAGGAAGCCCGGAGGCGUGGGUUCAGACCAGAAGGUGCCAUUGCCACCUCCACCAAAGAUGCAUGAUUCUUCUGUGGGUGCAAAAAAGGCUCCGGGUUCCUCCAGAAAAUCACCAGACAAGAAAGGAAGCAAGAGGUUUGAGCAGGAGCAGGCAGUUCAGAGGGUGCCAUCCGCUGUCAGGCCAGCAACAUCGUAUCAGUCUAGGCGGAACGACGAUGGCGCAGCUGGAGUAACUGCUAUUGCCGGCACACAGACCAAGGCUGAUGCAUGGGAGAAGGAAAGGCUUGCUAGAGUCAGGGAGGAGUAUGAAAAGAUGAUGGAGACCAUAGCCGAGUGGGAGACUGAGAAGAAGGUGAAGGCCAAGCGCCAAAAAGAACAGAAAGAGGUUACGUUGGACAGAAAGAGAGCGAAACAACUGGCAGAGUACAAUCAGGAAAUGACAAGGAUCAACAAAAUUGCUGGAGGAGCAAGGUCAAUGGCUGGGGAAAGGAAAUACGAGGAUGAGAAAAAGAUCAGAGAGAAGGCCAAGAAGAUACGUUCAACAGGGAAGUCUCCCCGUGGAUGCUGCUUUUGA